AGAUCAGUCAUCAACAAGGAUGUUUAAACUUGUAGGCGUUCCCUUCAGGGAUGAGUUUAAUGUUUUGUUGGAGAGAGCUGAAGUGCUUCAUUUGGAAAAAGUGGAAGGUUUACAGAAGGUGUAUCCCGGACUAUAUCCAUCAGGGUCCUUCAAUAAAUUAACUGUAUUAACAAUUAAAGAUUGUAAGUUGAAAUAUCUCUUCUCCCCAUCAAUCGCAAGAGGACUUCUGCAAAUUCAACGACUAGUAAUAAGAGAUUGUGAGGUCAUGGAAGGAAUUGUUGGAAAUGAAGGAGAAAAAAAUGAAGAGGCAGUCACAAGUGAGGCAAUUAAUUUUAGUCAAUUGAAAUAUAUGGAGUUGCAAAAUCUACCCAGCCUCGUAAGCUUCUACCCCAAAAUGGAGAAGACGUCGACCGCUAAGGAAAAUUCAUCUACCCAAGCACACUGUCUCUUUAAUGAAAAGGUUACGUUCCCUGCCUUGGAGCGAUUUUGUAUUUACGGACUACCAAAGCUGACAGAGAUAUGGGACAGGAAAUUACCUCCAUCAGAGUCCUUUAAAGAAUUGCGGGACGUGAGCAUCUGGAGCUGUGAGAAACUGGUGAAUGUCGGUUUGUCCAAUAUGCCCCGACAAUUACUGAAACUAAGAAAACUUCUUGUAGCAUAUUGUCAAGAGCUGAAAGUAGUAGUAUUGGAGAAUGGGGAAGAAAAUGAAAAGGCAGAAAAUAACACUAAUACCAUCUUGUUCCCUCAACUAACGGGAUUGAGUCUAAUACAUUUGGAGAGCCUCAAAAGCUUUUGCACCUCUAGAUCUGAAAGACAAUCCCUUUUCACUAGCCAGGUAUGAAU